AUGAGGGCUCCCGUGGUCCUGAUUGGGAGCUUGUGCUCCUUGAUACUUUUACCAGGUUUACCGGAUGCCAAAUCUCUGAUGAAGAUCAUAAAACAGGAGGGGUUGGAACCAGCUGGGGUGAGUGCUGUCACUGUCCACCCGGACGAGGCUCAUGGGUUCCUGUCUCGUUCUCGGCCCAAACGCAACGUCGACCCCAAGUGGUACCACAACAGCCCAGACUUUCAGGCCUACUACCGCUACUACAACAGCAUUGGACACACAGAGGGGCUCUAUGAGAUUGACCGGAUCAGGAUGCUGUACCAGCAGAUGCGACAGUUGGAGCACCUCUACGGACCCAAUGCAUCCUUCUACCAGAGCAUGCUGGGCGUGCGUACUCCGAAGUGCGACCCAUCAAAGGACAAGAAGUGUAAAGCCACAGCUGCAACAGCAACAUCCCCAGCCCCACGUCCACCUCCACCCCUCUCUCAGGCAAAUGUUAUCCAUCUGUGCAACCCCAAGGAUCCGUUGUGCAAGCCCAGUAUUGUUUACCUGCCCACGGGGGCUGUCCCCGUUCUCUGUGACCCCCGGUACCACCCUGCUUGUCAGCCUAAAGACGAGGCCCUGGCAUCCGCCACUCCAUCCCCUCCUCUGAAAAAACCCCCUCCGCCUCCUCCUCCAUCCCUUCCCAAGAAAUCUUCAGCACCUCCCCCUCGUAAAAAAUCUGUCCCACCUCCACCUCCCGCUCCACCCGCUCCCAUCCGUUCCUAUAAAGGGAUGGAGUACGACUGCGACCCUUACUGGGACCCCGACUGCCUGAUUGACCACCCACCCAGGCCCAUCAAAGGGAAAACUGUUAAAUCGCCACCCGUAGAGGAUGACGAGGAGGAUGAAGCAGCUGAGGAAGAGCCAGAGCUGCCAAAUCAGGAACCCUUUGAGGAAGGCAAAAAAUCAGUCCCAUAUCCAUACUACUACCAUCAAGACCUGUAUGACCCUUACCGCUUCUCAUACCCAGCCCCCAAAAACCAGUAG